UUCUCCUACCCGAAAACCCUCGCCUAUGUCCCUCCCGUUCCCCCUGUUUGGCCCAAACCAUCGCCUUGGCGGGCGAGCCCUCGCGAUACAGCCGCCAGUAAAGCUAGCUGAGAAGGCAACGAGGGGAUCGCGGCGUAAGAGACCACCAAAACUCCAUCUUUCUCCUCGUUCCGCUCGGCUCCUUCCCGAAACCAUUGAGGAAGAAUCACCGCCUGGUAAAUCUAGGCUAAAUUCUGCUCUAAAUUCGUUACCAGACCGGCCCCUAAGCACUCAAUUCGAUGCCGACCGUGAGCGUCGGCAGAGAUCGUCUCUUUCAGGCUAUUGGCCGAAGCUACACUCAAGAAGAAUUUGAGGAGCUCUGCUUCGAGUUUGGGAUAGAGCUUGACGAUGUGACUACUGAGAAGGAAAUUAUUAGAAAAGAAAAGCAUCUGGACGCAGCAGCCGGGGCAGAGGGGGAUGAUGAAGUCAUAUACAAAAUUGAGGUUGCUGCUAAUAGAUAUGAUCUUCUUUGUCUCGAAGGCAUUGCCAGGUCUCUUCGCAUAUUCAUUGGGAAAGAGAAAAUCCCUAUGUAUAGAUUCCGUGAAAUCCCCCGUGAAUCGAUACUUCAAAUUAAUGUUACCAAGGAGACUGAUAAGAUCCGUCCUUAUGUUGUUGGUGCUGUUUUAAGAGGAAUAAGUUUUGAUAGAGCAAACUAUAACAGCUUCAUUGACUUGCAAGAUAAGCUUCACCAAAAUAUUUGCCGUAAAAGAACUCUUGUUGCCAUUGGCACUCAUGAUUUGGACACGAUUGAGGCCCCCUUUUCCUACAACGCUUUGAAACCUCAAGAUAUAUCUUUCAUCCCCUUAAAACAGGCUAAAAGCUUCAGGGGUGAUGAACUACUGGAGUUUUACAGGCUUUUUUUUCUUUCGCAGUCGGACUUGAAACUGAAGAAGUUUUUGCACAUUAUAGAAAAUUCUCCAGUGUUUCCUGUCAUAUAUGACAAGAAUAGGACUGUUCUAUCACUGCCCCCAAUUAUCAACGGCGCACAUUCUGCAAUCUCUCUUAGUACAAAAAAUGUCUUCAUUGAGUGCACAGCAACCGAUUUAACGAAGGCAAAGAUUGUUUUGAAUACGAUGGUAACAAUGUUUUCAGAAUAUUGUGAUUCAAAAUUUGAGGUUGAGCCAGUUGAAGUGGUAUAUCCGGAUGCCCGGCAAGUUGAGGAUUGUGCAUCAGAAGGGGUUUUCAAAGGGAAGAACAUUUAUCCAGAUCUUGGAGUUACAGUUAUGGACAUCCCUCUUUCUUCAAUUACAUGCCCCAUUGGCAUUUCACUGGGAGUAGCUGAGGUGAUUCCCUUGUUGAAUAAAAUGCAAUUACAUGCUAAGGACAAGUUGGUUAAUGGAAACUCUGUUAUUACAGUACAUGUUCCUCCAACUAGAAGUGAUAUACUUCAUCCUUGUGAUGUCAUGGAGGAUGUUGCUAUAGCAUAUGGAUAUAAUAAAAUUCCAAAAACAAAGCCUACAUGCAUGACCACAGGUGGCCAGCAACCAUUAAAUGUUUUUUCUGACAAGCUCCGAGGAGAGGUCUCAAGGGCAGGGUAUAUGGAGGUUCUAACCUGGCUUUUGUGCUCACAUGAAGAAAACUUUGCAAUGGUUAAAAGAGAAGACGAUGGAGAGAAAGCAAUCACCAUUGGAAAUCCCCGUUCAUCAGAAUUUGAGGUUGUUCGGACAAGUCUUAUGCCAGGCUUGUUGAAAACCCUAAAGCAUAACAUAGACCAUCGAAGGCCCAUAAAGAUAUUUGAAGUUGGAGAUAUUGUUUCCCUGGAUGGGACUCGCGACGUUGGUGCGUCAAACAAUCGCCGGUUAGCGGCUUUGUAUUGCAAUGUUACUUCAGGCUUUGAGGAAAUUUUGGGUUUGGUGAUGAGAAUUAUGCAAGUUGUACGAAAACCGCAUGAACUUGCUGCUGAUAACUUCAUACAGCCUUCAAAUGAACCCGAAUUUUUUCCAAAUCGCCAAUGUUUCAUUAGCUACAAAGAUAGGCAGAUUGGCGCUUUUGGUGUUGUUCAUCCGGAGGUGUUAGAGAAAUUUGGAAUUCCGGAUCCGUGUUCUUUUGUUGAGAUCGACAUUCAGGCUUUAUUAUAAAUCAGGUCCCUUCAGCCAUAUGAAUCCAGGUCAACUUUAUUCGUUCUUCCAACUUUUUUGGAAAUUAUUUCAAUUAAGCUUGGUCUUCCAGGGACUUUAUGAGAAGGCCUAUUUAUCUCGGUUGAUUAUUGUUAGUCAAAUUAUUGUAAUUACUUAAAAAUUUGCAAGCUUAUCUAUUUUAUAUUUAUUUUUGGCCCCA